AUGCCGGAACCAGUUGGGAUUUCUAAUCUACCAAAUCAAAGAUUAAAUUUAGUCACUAAAAAUGGUGCUAAUUUUACAAUUAUGGUAUGUGGUGAAUCAGGAUUAGGUAAAACAACAUUUAUUAAUACAUUAUUUCAUACAAGUUUAAAAACUCAUAAAAAUUCAAAUCAAAAUAAUCCUCAUCAAACUACAACAAUCGAAGUAACAAAAGCUAUAUUGGAAGAAAAAAAUUUUAAAUUAAAUUUAAAUGUUAUAGAUACUCCAGGAUUUGGUAAUAAUGUUGAUAAUACUGAUUCUUAUCAGCCAAUAAUUGAAUUUUUGGAUGAAAGAUAUUCAAAUUAUUUAGAUCAAAUAAAUCAACCUAUAAGACAAGAUGUUAAAGAUCUACGAGUAAAUGCUUGUUUAUAUUUUAUACGUCCAAGUGGUCAUUCUUUGAAACCUUUAGAUAUUGAAAUUAUGAAAAAAUUAUCAACAAGAGUUAACUUAAUUCCAGUUAUUGCAAAAGCCGAUACUUUAUCGAGAAAUGAAAUGGAUAUUUUUAAAACAAGAAUUAGAGAAAUUAUUGAAGCACAAGAUAUUUCGAUUUAUACUCCCCCAUUAGAAUUAGAUGAUCCAGCAAGUGCAGAACAUGCUAAACAAUUGAUUGAAUCAAUGCCAUUUGCAAUAAUUGGUUCAGAAGAAGAAAUUGAAAUUAAUGGUAAAUUUGUAAGAGCAAGAAAAUAUCCUUGGGGUAUUGUUGAAGUUGAAAAUGAUAAUCAUUGUGAUUUUAAAAAAUUAAGAAGUUUAUUAUUAAGAACUAAUAUGUUGGAUCUAAUUUUAUCGACAAAUGAAAUUCACUUUGAAACUUUUAGAUCAAUGAAAUUAGGAGGAGAGGAAGAAGAAGAAAUUACAAAUGAAAAUGGUGAAGUUAUUAAAAAACCUAAAAAGAUUAGAUUUCAUAAUCCAAAAUUUAAAGAAGAAGAAGAUGCUUUAAAGAAAUUUUUCACUGAACAAGUUAAAGCUGAAGAACAAAGAUUUAGACAAUGGGAAACUAAUAUUAUUAAUGAAAGAAAUAGAUUAAAUCAAGAUUUAGAAGAAAUGCAAUCUAAAUUAAAAGGUUUAGAAGAACAAGUUAAAAAAUUACAAAUUUCUAAACGUUAA